AUGUACCUAUGUAGGUCACAUCAGCACGAGUGCCGCAGUGGACAGGCUUCACUCAAAUACGAGUGUUUAAAGGAGGUACCAUCAGAAAAGCCUCCACAACUAGUUUCCAUGACCCAGUACUUUGGAGUUAGUGGCUACGCCGAGGCGCGAUGGCAGUCGGCGGAUAGAACGAUCCAAAUUGAGCACAUAUCAAGACACUGA